UGAUAUCAUAAACAAUACUAGUAUAAAUUUUGCUGGUUUUCAUUUAUCAUGCAUCAAUAAAUAAAUAAAUAUAAAGGCGAGAGUUAAUAGAGAUUAGUAGGAAGGUAUAUAGCAGCUGGCAUAUUUAUAACGGAAGCGGAAGCCGAGCCGGUAAAGCAGCCGAGGUUCGCGCUUUACCCCCCUUGACCUUCUAAUUUAAUAUGCCUACUCACACGUGCGAGCAUUGUCCUACUCCCACCAAAUUUAUUUCUCUCCUUUCUAUUCUGAUUUACUCAAGUAAAAGAAUCUAGUAAGACCUACAUUAUACACUUUUCUAGCCAAAAAAAAAAAAACUCUGAAGUACAUUGUCCUACUCCCACCAAAAAUGUAAUUUUCAUUGUUUAGAAACUCUUAACGAACAUAUAGUUAUACUACUGCAUUGAAGUGUAAAUAUAGCAUACAUACACUUUGGCCUAUAAUUAAACAGAAAGAAAAACAAAAUUGGCACUCUAGAAACUAUAUAAGUCAUCGGAUGAUACCAAAAAUUAUAUGGCCAAUGAAGAGAUAAUAACAAGGGGAAGAGACUUUACCCUUUUUCAAUUUUAUGGUUAACAACUUUAUUUCAUAUUUUCUUCUGAAUUUAAAUCAUUUUUGAACAAGGAAAAAAAUGAAAUAUCCUCCCUAUUUCGUAGACGGUGCUAAUAAAAUAAGGGAAAUUUAAAAAAAUGAGGAGAAAGAAACAGAGAAAGCACCGUCAGUGGGAGUAUAUAACUACCACCACCACCCACUAACAAACCAACCCGGAACUAUCUCUGAAUCACUAAACCCUUUCUUCUUCUCUCUCAAAUCCACUCACUCUAAGAGAGAGACUAGUAAACACACAGUGAGAGAAAGAGAGAGAGAGAGAGAGAGCAUUCCCUCCAUUAAUGCCUCCCUGCAACAAAGCGUGACAGAAAGAAAGAGAAUCAUAACUCCUUACCGUUUCGAAUCAAAAUCAUUUUUUAAAACUAUUUCAAAGAUAAUGGAGAUGGAUCUGAGCAAGGUCACUCUUGACAUUUUCACGAAGCUUGAACAGAAAUGGCUCUCCCACUGCGACACCACCAGGAAGACACGCAUCCUUAGCAUCGACGGUGGUGGAACCACUGCCAUUGCCGCCGGAGCUUCUAUCGUUCACCUCGAAGACCAGAUCCGCCUCCAGACCGGUGACCCUCACGCUCAGAUCUCCGAUUUCUUCGACAUUGUUGCCGGAACCGGAAUCGGAGGCAUACUCGCCGCCCUGCUCGUCGCCGACGAUGGCUCCGGGAGACCGAUGUUCACCGCCAGGGAAGCUGUGAAGUUCGUCGAGGAGAAGAACUCGGAGCUAUUCGAGAUCAGGCACACGGGAGUCUUCAGGAGGAGCCGGAGAUACUCCGGGAGCAGCAUGGAGAGGGUGCUGCAGGCAGCGUUUCGGAGGGAGGACGGUAAGGUGCUGACGAUGAAGGACACGUGUAAGCCUCUCCUCGUUCCCUGCUACGACCUCAAAACCUCUGCACCUUUCGUUUUCUCACGCGCCGGCGCAUCCGAGUCGCCGAGCUUCGACUUCGAGCUUUGGAAAGUCUGCCGUGCCACCUCGGCGACUCCCAGCAUGUUCAAGCCGGUCAAUGUGGUGUCGGUGGACGGAAAGACCUCUUGCUCGGCCGUCGACGGCGGUUUGGUGAUGAACAAUCCAAGUGCAGCCGCCGUCACGCACGUGCUCCACAACAAACGAGAUUUCCCGUCUGUUAACGGCGUCGAUGACUUGCUCGUCUUGUCCAUAGGAAACGGUUCGUCCUCGACUCCAGGAAGGAAACUUCAGCGUAAUGGAGGCUGUUCCACGUCAUGCCUCGUGGACAUCGUGCUUGACGGAGUUUCCGAUACCGUUGAUCAGAUGCUUGGCAACGCUUUCUGCUGGAACCGUACGGACUACGUUAGAAUCCAGGUGAGCGGUUUGACUAGCGGCGGAGAUGGAAUUGUGGGGCCGAGAAAAACGGCGGAGGAGUUGUUGAAAGAGAGAGGUGUGGAAACGGCACCGUUCGGAGGGAAACGGUUACUAACGGAAACAAACGGAGAAAGAAUCGAGUGUUUCGUGCAACGCCUUGUUGCUUCUAGCCUCCCUCCAAGUCCUUGCAAGGAAUCUGCCGUUAAUCCUCUCGCUGACGGCCGUUAAAUGUGUGUUUUUUUUUAUUGUUAUUUAUUUAGGAUCUAAUCCCGUGAUGUAAGUUUGUAAGCAAACCCAGGGUUAGCUUUUAACCCCGCAUCCUCUUUUUUUUUUUCUUUUUAAUCUCCCGAGUUAAUUAGCUUUUCUUAAAAGACUUAAUAAUGAAUGAUAUAAUCUACUUAUUAUUUACACUGGUGGAAAGAAAAUAAACAGAUAUUCUUUC